AUGUAUUCUGGCUCCGCCAGAGGCACGCUGUCUGCUUUGGACAGGAUCUUCGCGUCUCUGCCAGGCUGGGCGCUUGACCAGCUCCACGCCACGGCCCAGGCCUCCGGGGCUGCCCCGGCCAAGAAGAGGCUGGUUUGGCUCGAGGGCAGAGGCCACAACGAGGUGGGUCUGAGCCGCGAGUACUGGCAGCGGCUCGCGGGCUUCCUCGACAGCGUCGGCGGCUGCUGA